GCCCUCACAGAUGGAUACACUGAGCGGAAUCAGGGUUCGAGCCCAGUGAUGGGGACCUCCUGGUGUUGGUUUGGUGCUGCGCUCUUGAGCUGCUUUGCAGGUUUGGAAUCUAAAUUCUUGACGAAAGUUCCUUCGUUUGGAGACAUUUACCAUGUUGCAGGGAUUCUGUCUUUGCCAUACGCUGAAAUCGAAGAGCCAUUUGAAGCCUGGUAUAACCUGUCCGGGAGAGUCAGCCGCAUCGAGUUUUAUCACGGUCAGGUUGUAACCUUGCAGCAUGGAUUUGUGAAGCCUGCUGGCGUGGGCUACAAGAUCUCCCCAGAGACCACAGAGACCGAGAUCAACGUCAUCAAAUGUUUCCAAGCGAAGGGAACAGUCAAGGACCCUAUCCUUCCGCAAUCCAUCUUUCCCAGCCUGGAAGGUUUUCAGCCCAUCAAGGAAGAGGAGUAUAAAGGCCGGCUUUGCACAGUAUGGCAACAUGUUGUCUACGAGGGGAAGAAGAAAAACACCUACACUAUUUGGAUAACCAAUUCUUCAGAGGGUUCCAUCCCCAUCCACUAUGAAAUGAAGGGAUUCAACACUUUGCUUGGUUCACACUAUGACAAGUACGAAAUAGACUACACGGAUUUGCAACGCAUUGUGGACCCAAGUAUCUUCAAACUCCCUGCAGGCCUGACCUGUGAAGAGUUUCCAGGUCCUGGAGUGGAGCACAGAAUGGCGGUCAAUCCUAUACAGGAUUUUGUUUCUCCUGAGCGGGAGGAUCAGUCUCAUCACUUGUUCCAACAUUACAAGGAGAAGUUUGACAAGGAUUACGAUCCGGAUGAGCACGAGUUUCGAAAGAACAUUUUUGUCCACAACCUGAGGUACAUCCAUUCAAUGAACCGGGCUAACCUGACCUUCAAGAUGGAAAUCAACCAUCUUGCUGAUCGCACUGUGGAUGAGGUGGGACCUAUGAGAGGAAGGCAGAGGAGGACCAAACCAAACAAUGGGCGGCCUUUCCCUGCAGAGCACUAUGAAUCUGUCCUACUGCCAGCUAGUAUGGACUGGAGGUUAUAUGGUGCAGUGACCCCUGUGAAGGACCAGGCCGUGUGUGGUUCCUGCUGGAGUUUCGGUACAACCGGUGCAGUGGAGGGGGCGCUCUUCCUGAAGACCGGCAACUUGAUCUCGCUGUCCCAGCAAAUGUUAAUUGACUGCUCGUGGGGCUUCGGAAACAACGCCUGCGAUGGAGGAGAGGAGUGGCGGUCGUACGAAUGGAUGAUGAAACAUGGUGGCAUUUCCACUGCCGAGUCCUAUGGUCCUUACAUGGGACAGAAUGGAUAUUGCCACUAUAAUCAGUCUACGCUGACAGCGAAACUGAAGAGUUACACCAAUGUUACUUCAGGAGACAUCGAAGCAUUGAAGUUUGCCAUCUAUAAAAACGGCCCAGCAGCUGUCGGGAUUGACGCCUCACAGAAAUCCUUCCGGUUUUAUAGCAACGGAGUUUAUUACGAGCCAAAAUGUGGAAGCAAACCAGAGGACCUUGAUCACGCUGUGCUUGCUGUUGGCUAUGGUACCCUGGAUGGUGAGCCCUACUGGCUGGUUAAAAAUUCCUGGUCAACGUACUGGGGAAACGACGGAUACGUACUGAUGUCCAUGAAGGACAACAACUGUGGAGUUGCUACAGAUGCAACUUACGUCACCCUUGAGUGAGUGAGGGCCCAAUGAGCUGUCUGAAGUGUUACUGGUGGGAAUUCUGCUCGAAGAAUGUAAUAACAGACGAUUAUCCAAGUCAUAGUCUAAUGAGCAUUUGGUGUACAUAUCUACACCAAGAGGCUCCAUGAGUACGUCUCAAAGCAUUACGUUGCAGAGAGAGUGUGCAACUGAGUCUCCACCACUAUGCACUUGUUUUCCCUUUGGAUCAGGAAAGCCUAAAUUUAUUUUUUCACUGAUCUGCUUUUCUUCCCAGGCCAAUUAUGUUUUUAAAUUGGCCACAUAAUUUUCUUGUCUCUGUCUCCAAUGAAGUUUGAGUAUGAGGAUUGAAUGGGUGUGGGUUUUGAAUAAAAUAAGAUUUACUGGCUUUUUCCAGCCCCCCCCCCCGAAUAAAUCACUGGAAAUUAUAUCUGCUUGAGGCUUGAUCCCCCUCCUGUUACAGCUGUUUGUCAGAUUUCUUUAUUAGAGUUCAUCAUCAUCAACAACCACAACUUACAUUUAUAUAGUGCCUUUCACAGGGGAAAUGUCAAGGAAAGCUGUGCGGGUGGAGAGAAGGCAAUCACCUUACACUGUGUUAAAUACCUUCCUUACCAGCCUCCCUCCUAAUAUAGUGCUCUAUCAAAUCAUACACCUUACAGUAGAUGUAGAGUCCUCCUGAGGUGAAAGGCACUAUCUCAAACCAAUUCACACGCAGAAAAUAUCUCACAGACACGCAGUGAAUAACCAAUUUAGUUGGAGCACUGUUGGCCAGAGCCCUUGGAGAAACUCCCUUCUCUUUUCAAAUAAUGUCAUGAGUUCUUUAGCAGCUACUUAAACAAGCAAGUAGGACCUCCGUUUAACAUCUCAUUUAUUUUCACAAGGCUGGAGUGGCAACCUACACUGUGAGCUCAAAGCCCUGAUGUGGGGUUUUGAACCCACACAACUACCUGACCCAGAGCCCAGUGUGUGGCCAACUGAGCCAAGCUCAGUAAGAGUUAAUGGAGGGGAGGGAAAGUUUAGAUUAAAGCAAUGGUGCAAAACCCUGAUUGAAGGAUUAUCGGAUAAAUUUUGUUGGUGAUGCAUGGGACCCACUGCAUUUUUGGAGUCCCAUUGUGGUUGGAGCAUUUGUCUCGCAAGCAAGAGGAACUAACUAGGUUCGAUUCCUGGUCGGGUAAAACCUUAGGAAAGGUUCCUUAUUCCUUGUGGGAUAAGUAGGAACCCAGUUGAUCGGUGGAUUACUUUCCGGGGCUAAUAAUCUCUUUAAAAAUAUAUUUUGUGUCAGCCCCGUGAUUUACCAGCCCACCCAGUUUGCCUUUAAUUGCUAGCGUCACUGUCCUCCCUUAGCGUUGUUCGUGUCGAUCAAAUUGAAUCCAAACUUCACUGUCAUUUUUAUGCAUUCGUCGAUCAAAGCGUGACAUCAAGGCCCACGGACAGAAACAAGCAGCACCACCUCUAUGGCAGAGUGAGCAAUCUGUCAUCCUUGGGUAUCAUUUCACCAACAAAAAUAUACAGCCAAUUCACUUUACAAUGUAUUCAGCGCUUUGAGAUGUCUCACAUACGUGACGAGGCGAGAUAUCAAAUGUGAGGAUUAUUAUUUACGGUAAUAUUAUAAUCCAUUGUUGUGACUGUUAUUGGUGGUUAUGUGCUACGGUUUAACCAUUUUUGAAAAUAAAAUGUGCUCAAUAUCACGUAUCUUAAAAUCUA